AUGCGAACUGCUCUCGAAUAUGCAACACAGAAGCAAAGAGACUUUUAUGCCGAGACUGACAAGGCCCACGGUGAUCUCUAUGCGAUUGCGACUAUCGUGGCACCCCAGAACAAGCUUGAUUACUUCUCUGGGGAGGACUGGAAUGGGCCUUAUCGCAAACAAUACCGCGAGAGCCUUGAUAGAUACCUAAGCUAUACAAGCAGCGUCACUUAG